AUGUCUCAUCACCAGCACCACCAGCACCAACAUCAGCACCACCAGCAUCAGCACCAGCACCAGCACCACCACCGUCGUCGACAACGGCUCACCCCGUCCAACGCUGCCGCCGCCUCGACCCUCUCCUCCCUCGCUACGCCCUCGACAGCUCCAGCUCCCUCCGCUGCCUCUGCCUCCUCCUCCAGCUCUCGCCAGUUCCGCGGUGUCAAGUCGAUGCGAGAUCUCAUCGAGGCUCCCGCCAUUACUGCUUUCAGGGCUCGCUUCGAGGCCGGACGCUCCUUUGACCUCGAUGACGACCUCGAGUUCUGUCCUAACUUGCUGACCGAGGACGACCUGCAGUCGAUUCACUCGCUCGCUGCCUCGGAUCGUAGCUCGCUGGGCAGUGCCUCGCCCGACUCGUCUCCCUUGCAGCACCAGGUUCACCCCAUGCAGCAACACCACAUCAACGGCAUGGGCGGACACAUGGCCAUCUCGGGCAUGAUGGGCAAGAUCCAUCAGCCCGCUGCCGUCAGGGCACGGAAUGCCAUCCCCAUCGUCAACCCGAGCACCGGCAUGAGAGUCUCCAGCCCUACUAGACGGGACUGGUGA